UCCAUCACAAUUGCUAAUUAACUAAGACACCCUUCCUUGAUUGUGACACUAGCACGACGCACUUUCCUCUAUAUACAUAUACAUAUAUCCUCCUUCUGUCCAGCUAACGGUUUAUAUGCUUAGCUAGCUGUUUGUUUUGGCGAUACCAUUUGCAUUGCUUGCCCAGCAUCGUCGUCGUCGUCGUCGGGAGCAAGGAGGAGGAGAGACCAUCGAUCUUGAUUGAUUUGAAGCUAGAUGGCGGAGGAGGCGAAGAAGGUGGAGGUGACCAAGGACAUCGCCGAAGAGAAGGCAGUGGUGCCGCUGCCGACGCCGCCGGCCACCGAGCACGACGACUCCAAGGCCAUCGUCCUCGUCAAGGAAGCUGAGGCUACAGGAGGUUCAGCUGAAAGAGAUGCUUAUCUCGCAAAAAUUGUGUCGGAGAAGAGAUUGGUACUGAUCAAUGCCUGGGAGGAAAGCGAGAAAGCUAGAGCAGAGAACAGGGCGGCCAAGAAGCUGUCAUACAUCACUUCAUGGGAGAAUGCAAAGAAAGCAGAGAUGGAGGCUGAGCUGAAAAGGAUCGAGCAAGAACUGGAGAAGAAGAAGGCGGCGUACGAAGAGAAGCUGAAGAACAAGCUGGCAUUGCUGCACAAGACGGCGGAGGAGAAGAGGGCGCUCACCACGGCGAAGCGUGGCGAGGAGCUGAUCAUGGCGGAGGAGAUGGCCGCCAAGUACCGUGCAAAGGGCGAGGCUCCGACGAAGCUGUUCGGGCUCUUGAAAGCCUGAGAGAAAUCAUGAGGAGUUCAUCAUACAUAUAUGCUGGGAUUUGGUGUUGUUGAUUAGUCUGUGAACUUACAGAAAUUUGUAUAUGUGCAAUGCAUGGCAUCCGUGUUUGCGUCGUGUGUAUGUCGUCUAAUUGAAGGGCCAUUUGGUUUGUAUUUUGUCAGUUGGGUGGUUUGAUUUCUGGUGCGUUUUGUAAAGGAAUUGUGUAUAUGCAUAGGGGAGUGCAGGCAGGGGAUGAUGGAUUAUGAAUACGCUUAUUCUUUCAUGAAGAUUUGUUAGUAAUUAAACAUUCGUUAAUUGUUGUA